AUGGAAGCAAAGCUGAAUCAAAAUAUACAGAAGAUGUGAGUUUUUUUGGGAAAAGUUUUCACAAUAAAAAAAUUACCCAAAAAUUCUAUUCGAAAUCAGAAAAUGUUCAAAUUACUGUAUUUCCCUACUUUUGAAUUUUUCUAUUAAAAAUUGGUGAUGAGAUAUUUUGAGUUUAUUAAUGAAAAUAAGUAAUUAGUUUACUUUUUCACCUGUAAGCAUAUUUUUUGCUUGAACCUUAUUAGAAACACUUUCUCAUUUAUUAAAAAAAUAAUUUCAGGAUGACUCAUGUUGGAGCGAAUGGUGUUUGCGUGGCUGAUAUAAAUGGAUUACCGAUGAUUUCGAAAGGAAAUUUGGAUGUGGGUAAUUCAAAGAUAAAAUGAACCCAGAAUUUGAAUUUAUCGAUAAAUUCAGAUUUGAUUUCAAAAUGUGUCCAAUAAAUUAUAUUGGCAAUCCAUAAAAAAUCUAAAUACAAAAUUUCUGAAAGUUUAAUUUUUUUACGUAAAAUUUCCAUUAAAAAAUUUGCCCAAAUGUUUUUUCACGGGAACCUAAAUGUUCUCAAUCCACUUCCUAAAAACCAACCAAAAUCGCUAUUUUCAGUCAAGAAUCGCCGCCUCAAGCACAUUAAUGAUGUCAGACGCUCGAAAUUUCUCAAAUUCGACGAAAAACGAAAACCCAAUCAUCACACUUCAUUCCACUAAUGGUUCUAAAGUAGGUUUUUUUCUCACCAGAAAUUCAGUGUGUUUGAUCCUCCAAAAAUUCAAUUGUUCAUUUUCAGCUCACAAUUGUCAACAAACUUGGGGAAACCGUGACUUUGCAUAGCAAAUAA